CAGAAAAUUGGCGAGAACAUGAUACGGACAUUGGAACCGGGGGAGCUGUAGCGACGCCGCAUGGAACCAUUUCAUUAAGACUCCACAACCGAAUCAGAGUUGAUAUGACGAUAGAUCGAGCAGUUCGAGUAAUAAAUUUCAAGGUGAAUUUAUAAAUGAUGGAUGAAAACGAAUCUAUGAUUUGACAUGUUCACCUUCUCUCAUCAGAACAACAUCGUUUUGUCACUGAGUGGGUCCGGUGCAGCGGCAGCAUUGCUGCAUCCGAAUGGAAGAAUUUAUCAGUACGGAUCUCGGGUAGAAAUUUUAGCCCACGACACAAAUGGAAACAACAAAUAUGCCAAGAUGUGGUACAAAGGUGUUAGCUUCACUUCCGAACAGUGCGCCCUGGUCUAUUUGGUCGACGCAGCUGGAACCAGGACGACUACGGAUUCAUUUUCCGAUAUGGGACAAGAUUUUUCAUUGAGUGUAUUCUACUCUGAAUCUCGACAUGGUUCUGCCUGUCUUCAAGAAGCUGCGAGUGCUUUGAACGCUGCACAAUACUGGCUCACCGACGAAGGUGUGGAAAAUUGGAUCAUAAAUAACGUCAGAGUCUCUCAAACACCGGACGGACUUGUUAGAAUUGCACGGAACAGUAACAAGUAUCAAUUGCGCACUUCACCUAGCAACGGAACAGCAUCUUUGACAACCCCAUUUCUACAUUGCACAGCAUCUCUGGGGCAAACUUCACACUUAUUUGUACGACGAGGAGAACGACGCAUGCAUUACGACGGAACAAGUUUCAUAGUCCGCAAUGCCGGCCAUAGCGCUGGUUUCGAUGACAAUAAUCAGCUAAAAGUUUACUAAAAUAAGGACCCUAGCAUCUCCGGUGGUAAUCUACGAGGUUCUUUACACGUGAAUACUACUUUACAGUUUGCUUUGAACGGGGGAGAUGAUAAAAAAAAAUCUCUCAAACUUGGAAUGGGAAGAUAGUAAUAUCAGAUUAUGGAGAGAAUUCAUUUAGCCUAAACAUUUCAUGCGUAAACUUGAGCAAAAGUAGCAGACAAUUGAUGAAAAAAGAUCUAAUCGAAAAAACGAAGGUGUUUUUUAAAAGUUAGAAAUUUAAUUGAAUUGUUUUCAUAAGAUUUAGUGAUUUAAUUGAAAUGACUUGAUAUGCACGUGCAAUGAACCAAUGUUUCAUCCCAGUAUAUUCCCUAAGUGACUUAAUUAGGCUGGUGAAUUACACGAUUCAUAUUUUUGAAAAAGUUCUCAGUGCGAUCUGUAGUUAUGAAUAAAAUUAUUACAAAACUAUUCAAA